GCCUGGAUGAUUGCCUGCAGCAGUAUGUCCAUAAAUUUGAACGGGAGAAGAUAAAUGGUGAACAGCUGUUACAGAUUUCUCACCAGGACCUUGAAGACUUGGGUAUCUCACGGAUUGGACACCAGGAGCUGGUUCUGGAGGCUGUGGAUCUCCUGUGUGCGCUGAACUAUGGCCUUGAAACAGACAAUAUGAAGAACCUGGUUCUCAAGCUGCGAGCAUCAUCCAACAAUCUGCAAAAUUACAUCAGCAGCCGUAGGAAAAGUUCAAAUUAUGAUGGAAAUACCUCUCGCAAGCCCCCCAAUGAAUUCCUUACUUCUGUGGUAGAGCUUAUUGGUGCUGCUAAAGCAUUGCUUGCAUGGUUGGACAGGACCCCAUUUACAGGUAUUGCUGAUUUUUCAUCAAUGAAGAACAGAAUCAUUCAGCUGUGCUUGGAUCUCACUACUACUGUUCAGAAGGACUGCGCUGUGGCUGACAUGGAAGAUAAAGUUCAGAUGGUAGCCAAGACUUUAAAUGGCAUUUGUGAUAAAGCCAUCCGAUCAACUACGGAUCCAUUGAUGAGCCAGUGUGCAUGUCUGGAGGAGGUUCAUUUAACCAACAUUAAACCUGGGGAAGGCCUGGGAAUGUACAUCAAAUCAACUUAUGAUGGAUUACAUGUAAUUACUGGAACUACAGAAAACUCCCCUGCUGAUCGAUCUCAGAAGAUUCAUGCUGGUGAUGAAGUGAUCCAAGUUAAUCGGCAAACUGUGGUUGGAUGGCAACUAAAAAAUCUGGUGGCAAAGUUGCGAGAGAACCCUGCUGGAGUUAGGCUGCUGCUUAAGAAACGUCCUACUGGCUCUUUCCAUUUCACUCCUGCUCCACUAAAGAACCUGCGCUGGAAACCACCUUUGGUGCAGACCAGUCCUCCGCCAACUUCAACCCAGUCACCAGAAAGCACCAUGGAUACUUCACUGAAAAAAGAGAAGCCAGCCAUUUUGGAUCUGUACAUACCACCUCCACCAGCUGUUCCAUAUUCUCCUCGAGAUGAAAAGGGGAGUUUUAUAUAUGGAGGAGGCAACAAACCCAGUCAGCUGCUACCUGGCUCUAAAGGCGCCGAGUCUCCCAAUUCUUUUCUGGAUCAGGAGAGUCGAAGGCGAAGGUUUACUAUUGCCGAUUCGGAUCAGUUGCCUGGGUAUUCCAUGGAAGCAAAUAUCCUACCAGCCAAGAUGAGGGAAAAAACACAGUCCUAUGGAAAACCUCGUCCUUUGUCAAUGCCUGCUGAUGGGAGCUGGAUAGGAGCUGCAGAACCCUUCUCUAGGCCGCGAGCACCCGGGAGAAAAGGUGAAGAUGUCCUCUGCAGGUACUUCAGUAAUGAAAGGAUACCCCCAAUCAUUGAAGAAAGCCCCUCCACACAACACCCUCUCUCAAGGCCAGUAUCUGACAAGCAGUUAGUGAGGGGAACGGAUUAUGUUCGAGGCAGCAGGUGUUUUAUGAAUACAGACCUCCACAACAGUGCAACAAUUCCUUUUCAAGAGGAAGGUGCUAAAAAAUCCUCUGUUACAUCGUCCACAAAAUCUUCCUCCGCGGAGCCCUCGCUGCUGGUCAGUUGGAUCACAAGACUGAAAUUGUUGACUCAUUGACUAUUGUUCAUAAGACUGUUACCAAGUGCCUUUGCUCAUCGGUCAGACUCCUCUACUUUUCGGCUUAACUGGCGCAUAGUGACUAAUGCAGUGUUCUUUUCCUGGAGAAUCUUCUACUUUUACCUUUUU